AUGCGUACCUUCCUUUUCUUUACGGUUCUUCUCUUCUUCAUCUUCACCGUAAUCUCCUCCACCACCACCACGGUUGCCACCGCUGUCGUCGUCACCGCAACACCCGCAACACCCACAACACCCGCAACACCCACAACACAACAAUCAUCUGUGCCAGCUUCCCCCGUCAAAGGCCAACGCGAUGGCCGCCGUCGCAAUGCAGCUAAAUUCUUCGGAUACAUUCGGACAAACCGCACAAUGUAUCUCCACAACCAAACCGAAUUAGCGAAUGAGUUCAUGCACGCGCACAACUGGGUGAGAAAGGAAUACAAACUACCGGCGUUAGCAUGGAGCGAGGACCUCGCGGACGUCGCGAGGAAAUAUCUCUCGGAAAGGUACGAGGAUUGUAAACUGGUUCAUUCUACCGCGAAUUUCGGCGAGAACAUGUUCUGGGGGAAGAAACUGCACUGGACACCUUCUGAUGCGGUUUAUUACUGGUACAUGGAGAAAGAUUCGUUUGAUUUCAGCACGCUCAAGUGCGAGCCACCACCGAAACUUUGCGAACAUUUUACGCAGAUGGUUUGGAGGGAUUCUUCGCAUGUUGGAUGCGCGUUGCAGCAUUGCAAGAAUAGUGACAAUGGAAUGCUUAUCGCCUGUGAGUAUGAUCCACCGGGUAAUUUUGUUAAUGAGAACCCUCUUGUUCAUUUUACUUAA